AUGAUGAAAAUCACGAGGGAAAGGAAAAAGUACCGAAUUAGCAACCCCUAUGAUGAGGCGCAGAAGGUAGCCAUUAAGGCGAAAGCGGAGGAGCAGAAAAAAAGGGACCCCAUCGGACAAAAACAACGCAGCGAUGAACAAAAUGAGCACGAACAAACAAACGCGGCUGAAAGGUUCAUGCAAAUUUAUAAAGAUUACAUAGAGACAAAUGAAGAAGUAGAGAAGUUUAAAAAAGUAAAUGAAGACCUGCAGGAAUCGAAGAAGAAAACUAGUAGUAGGAAAAAAAUAAAAAAAUUAAAUUUGAAGCUGAAAAAAAAUAACCUCAUUGCAAAGUUGGUAAAGAAUAAAGCCAUCAUUAAGGCAGACAGGACGAUCAUGUCUCUAUCAAAUAAAAGGAGUGAGAAGAAAAUUCUGUCAACCCAAGGAGGGAAGAAUAAAUCCGACAAGGUCCCUACAAGGACUAUCCCCCCAGUUAUCGCAAAAGUUCUGCGUGGAAAGAAUUUGAAGGAGAAAAACGAAAUGGAUAAGGUAAACGACAAAGGCAAUGCCCCAAAGGAGAUUCCUAGCAACUGUCUUGGUAGCAAGCCCAACGGUCCUCGUGUGAUGAAGACAAAAGAAAACGUGUUGAACCAGUACGACGAUAUAGUUAAGUCUAGUGGAUUUAUCCAGAACCCGCUCGAAUAUGCUAGGCGGGUUAUUGAGCAACGCCAGAAGCAGAGCGCCAAAAACAAUCCAAAUCAAAAGGUGGUAAAGAAAAACAUGACGAACAAGACAAAAUAA